AUGUACCCAUCUAAAUCCUCCUUAGCAGCCCUGCUGCUGGCUGCUGGUGCUGCUCAGGCCCAGUACCUCAUCAACGAGCUCAGUUUCGGUUACGAUGGCAGGAUAAGCCCGAAUAACGACGGCAAAGUUCCCAACUUCUACCUCCAGGGCACACCCAACACCCCCGAGAUCCUCUCUAACAGAUUGGUCCUCACACCCGUGGCCCAAGGCAACCAACGAAGCGCGAUAUGGGCCGACAACCCCAUGAACUCGGAGACCUGGGUCGCCGACGUCGACUUCCGCGCCAGCGGUCCCGAAAGAGGCGGCGGCAACCUCAACAUCUGGCUCGCGAACCGCGGCUCCAGUGACAUUGGCCAGAGCAGCGUCUACACCGUCGGGCGCUUCGAGGGCCUCGCCAUCGUCAUCGACACCUACGGCGGUACCGGCGGCAUGAUUCGCGCGUUCCUCAACGACGGUAGCAUCGACUUCACGACGAAGCCCGUGCUCGACAACCUCGUGUUCGGACAGUGCUACUACUCGUACCGUAACCUCGGUCGACCCUCGCAGAUCAAGAUGCGUCAGGAGCAGGACAACUUCAAGGUCGAGAUCGAUGGCCGUCUCUGCUUCGAGAGCAGCAGGAUCCAGAUCCCUGCGGGUUAUAAGUGGGGUAUCACCGCGGCCACCCCCGACAACCCCGACUCGUUCGAGAUCUUCAAAAUGGUCGUCAUGUCCGACAAGAUGGGCAACACGGCUGCCAGCAAGCCCAAGACGAAAAAGGCAGCUUCCAAGAAGCAGAGCAAGAAGAAGGGCGACAAGGAAGGCGACGCCUCCAAGUUCUUCCAGCGCGACAACGGCGAGGGCGAUAGCGAGGGCGACGACGACCUCAUCCCCGACGACCCACUAGACGGCGCCGGCGACAAGCUUGAUGUGCUACAGAUCUCCCGCUCGCAGUUCAACGACGUCAACGCCCGCGUACAAAGCCUCGGCCGCCACAUCACCACCAUGUACCGCACCCUGACGAAGCAGACCCAGCAGGGCGACGAGCGCCACGCCGAGAUCGCCAAGCUCCUCACCGACGUGCGCAACGACCUGCGUCGCCUCGACGCCGUGGACGAGAUGCAGAAGAAGAUCGCCGUCCUCGAGCGCGACAUCAAGGCUCUGCGCGGCGAUCUCACGAAUAAGCUGCGCGCUACGGAAAACAACUUCAAGUCUACCCUCGCCGAUCAUCAUGCUAGCGUUAAGGAUAACAUUGUUUCGGCGCAUCCGGGUUUGGGCAAGUUGGUGGGCGUUUUCGUUUUGUGUCAGGCUGCUGUUACGGGGUUGUAUAUUGUGUACAAGAGGAAGGAGCGGAAUAGUGUGAAGAAGUACAUAUAG